UAUGAAUACUGGUGGUAUGGUAUUCAUGGUUGCAUCAGAUUCAAAUUGUGUACGAUCCCUCCAGAUGCCGGUCACUUCUUACAAAAUCGUGACACUUUCUCUCGUUUUCUUCAUUGAAUUUCCAUCUCUGUUGAGGCCUGAAUGAAGCUGAAGGCAUUCUAGUUUAUUUCUCAUCAUCACUGCUACAUCGAGGCACUUUGAUUUCCCGAUUCAUCUCCUGUAUCGUCUUUUCCGAUCAGACAGGCCAGGCACAAACGUGAACGGACUCGGGUGUUCUCUGCAGGUUUGAUGAGCCUAAAGUUUGCCUUAUUUCUCAUCUGCAAAGCACAAAGUAGUGUGGUCCCAAAAUUAGAAUUGGCUAUCUCACUCUCAUCUUAUUUGCUGUUGGCUUUGAAAAGGUAGAGUGUAUUUGAUCUGACAGCCCAGAGCAGGGAAUAUCCCAGAUUAUCAUUCAAUCGACGUUCUACAUCUAGUCGCCAUGGAGAUGAAAGAGAAGAAAGAAAUGAACGGAGAUGCGGAGAAAGCUGCAGACGAUACCGUCAGCCAUGAGAAAGUAGGACUCAAACAAGAGGUUGGCUUAUUGAGCGGCGUAGCCCUGAUCGUCGGUUCGAUGAUCGGAUCUGGAAUCUUUGUAUCGCCGAAAGGCAUCCUGAGAGAAACACAGAGCGUUGGUAUGAGUAUGAUCAUAUGGCUCCUCUGUGCUAUACUGGCCAUGACCGGCGCCCUCUCGUAUGCCGAGCUAGGCACCCUCAUCCACAAGUCCGGUGCCGAGCACGCCUACCUCAACGACAUCUGGGGUCCCAUGCCGGCGUUCAUCUUCUCCUGGACGUACACCCUGGUCAUCAAGCCCUCCAUCAUCUCCAUCGUGUCCCUCAUCACGGGCACGUACGUCGUCGAGUCCUGCAUGUCGACCUGCGACGGCAACGAACAGGUCAUGCUGAUGAAGAUAUUUGCCGCGCUGUCAAUCGGUCUUAUAUGCUUCAUCAACUGCUACAGCGUUAAGUGGGCCAAUGCCGUCCAAGUUAUAUUCACUGCGGCAAAGUUACUAGCAUUGGUCAUCAUUGUCGUUAUUGGUUUUAUCAGACUUUUCCAAGAACUGUAUCGCACUGGAGAAACAGGGUAUUUAGCAGCAAACACAGCAUUCAUAGGAUCGUCACCCAAAGCCUUCUCAUAUGGCAUAGCCUUCUACCAGGGCCUAUGGGCCUACGAAAGCUGGAAUCAUCUCAACUUUGUAUCGGAGGAGCUAGUCAACCCAACGAGAAACCUGCCCCUCGCUAUUGGCAUCGGUAUACCGCUCGUAGCCCUCUUCUACCUCCUCGUCAACGUUUCUUACUUCACCGUGAUGUCGCCUCAAGAGCUACUCAGCUCCAAUGCAGUAGCAGUGACCUUCGCUGAGCGUACGCUUGGACCCAUGGCCUUCAUCAUCCCCAUCUUUGUGUGCUUCUCUACGUUCGGCUCUGCCAACGGCAAUCUAUUUGCAUCAGGAAGGUUACCGUAUGCAGCUGGUAAAGAGGGCCAUCUUCCUCAAGUGAUGUCCUUCAUUCACAUGAACAAGUACACACCAUGCAUCUCACUCAUCACCACCAGCACCAUUGCAGUUUUAAUGUUGAUCCCCGGUGACUUUGAUACGCUGAUCAACUACUUCAGUUUUGCUACGUGGUUCUUCUACUGCGCUACAGUCACAGGCUUACUCUACUGGAGAUAUAAAUACCCCGAUUUAAAGAGACCCUUUAAGGUACCCAUUAUAUGCCCUAUCAUCUUCGUCGUAGCCUCUGUUUACCUUGUAGUUGCACCAAUCAUCAAUGAGCCUUUGAUAGAGUUCCUCUACGCCUUCCUCUUUAUUGUGGCCGGGUUGAUUUUCUACUUUCCUUUCAUCAAGUACAAAUACUCGCCUAAGUUUAUGGAUUCCUUUACGCUUAGGGUGCAGAAGCUUUUCAAAGUCGUGCCGACCGCCAAGCGAUCAUCGUCAUUGGCUAAAUGAAUACAGGGUGAGGUCAUCGUCAUGAAUACCACAUAUUUUUAUUUGAUAUAUUUAAAUAUAAACUUAUAUUCAAGAUGACAGUCAGAGAUAACUGUCUAUAAAGACACCAACCAUAUUAGAUCUCAUCAGAAAAUCAUGCUUGUAGGAAGAAAAGCUUGGAGCAGCUUAAGUAUUAAAUAAUGUCAUGAAGUACGGUAUACUCAAUCCUACUGCAUACAGCUGCUUUUUUUUAAACUUCAAGUUGGAGAUUUUAUUUAUUUUUGCCAAAUAAAGGAGGCGAGUACAAGAGGAUGAUAAUAUAAGAAUAUUUAAUCAGUUGGAAAGCAAGCCUGAGAGUUAGUUGUCAAGUUCAACUCUAUUGGUAAUGCAUGUUAUAGAAGACUGGAGAGGUCUUCAAUGAACUAAUCAUGUGAUCGUUGCCACAGCGACCCAUAUGGACAGGGGACGUCAUUGACUGUUUCUAGAGGAUCAUUAAUUGUUACCUCAAGGACAUCUUGAUGAUUUAUCUCAAAUGUAAGCAGCAACAAAAAGUAUUUAAACGGCUUGGGAGUUUGCCCAACAAUUGAACAGAGUUAAAGAGAGGAAACAUCAGUGUCUUGUUUACAAUGGAGUUUCUAGAGGAUCAUUCAUUUCUGCUCUUCAAGAACAUCUUGAUGAUUUAUCUCAGAUGUAUUAAAGCAGCAACAAAAAGUAUUUAAACGUCUUGGAGUUGGCCCAACAAUUGAACAGAGUUAAGGAGAGUGAACAUUGGUCUCUUGUUCAUGAUGGAGUAUGAAUAUUACAGGGUUCUCAUCUGUACAUGGCUGCCAUGUCAUUCUUGGUGAUUUAUAUCAAACAUGGGGUACUUCAGAGAAAGAGAACUCCAAGGGAGCUAUACAAAAGAAAAGGAUAAAGCAUAACUUUUUCAAAUCUUCUUCCAAUCUUCAAAUAUGCUCCAGUCAUCCUAUCCACCACCUCCCCCGCCCCCCUCCUCCCUUUCCAAGAUGUUGCAGGGGAGUUUUCCUGUGGUGUUUACCAAGCACUAACAACAAAAAUUGCUGAGAAGCCAGGACUUUUCUCAAGAGACUAAGAUCGACUUUAAGUUGGACUUAACUAUGGCAGGCCGUUCAUGCCACUAUUUUCUCUCAUCAUUUCCUGCAUUGGUUUCUCAAGGGACGUCCCAAUCGUGGUCACAAAUCUACAGAAUUUACCUCUUUUGAUAGUCAUUAUUGAAGGAACACUAUUAUCUAAAGUUCACAAUAGAGAGACCAAUAGUGAGAGCAACCAGUGGCAUGAACAGCCUGUCAUAGUUAAGUUCAACUUAAAGUCGAUCUUAGUCUUUGCGAAACACUCCCAAUGGAUAUGAAUGUCACAAGAUGCAAUCUCCAAGAAACACCGCCCUUCCUCCCUUUCCUCUCUCUGCAUCGGGAUAGAGUCAAGCCGCUUUCCUUAUCGUCAAGAGAGAUAGAACGAGGAAGUACUAGAGCAAAUAUUUGCGAUGAACAUAUGCUUCAAUUGCUCUCCUACGUCACAUGCUAGAUCAAAGUCUACACUUCUCCUUGUUGGAGUAUGUGAUCUCUCAUGUGAUUUACCUUUCAAGGAGAUUGUUUGUGUCACAAGUUUUUAUUGGGUCAUUUAUUAUUACAGUUGUUACGUCAUGAUUUAUUUUGCUUUAUUUUUUCCUUUGCAGUGAAUUGAAAUUCACUUGUAACUAUUUUUUGUGUGUGUGUGAUAUCCAAAGACAUUUUUUUCCUGAAUUUCUAUCCCCUAACUUCUGAUAAUCCAUCAAAAAUAUAUAUUUAUUCAACAAACCUAUCAUUGAAAGAUAUGUCAUGAGGAGAAAUUCAUAUUCUAUAAAAUAUUUUAUGUUUGUAAUUUCCUUCACCCUUUUUUCCUCUAACACAUAAGAAAUGUAUUCUAUAAUUCCUAUGGAAUAUUUGGAAAUUAAAAAGGUGACAAAACUAUAUUGAUAGACUAUGGGUGAGGUAGAUAAUCAUCUAGCACUAAGAGACUUUGGUGGAAAGCGCCGUUUUAUUAUUAUUAUCUUCUGAAAUGCUACUAGUACUGUUGUGUUUAAUAUUUUCUUUGUAUAUGUAUUUGCUUUUCUUUCAGAAAAAGAUUUCUGAGUAUAUUGUGUCUUAAAGUAUUUAAAAUAUCUAAGGCAAGAGGUGACUUUUUUUCUCAAGUCUGUCAUCAUUUUUUUGCCCUGUACAGAACUCAUCAUUCAUAAAGAUCAUUUCAAAGAGUCGAAUAAACCUUGAGAUGAAUUUGAAAUAAUGUAUUUUUUUGCAAACUUAUUUAUCAUUCAGUCUAAAUCUGUUAAUGUAGGUUCAUCUUGAUAAUGACAUUGACUAAUUGUUCAUAGUGUAUUCUCGUGCUGUAAUCAAUAUUCUUUGGAAUAAAUUCUUUUAAGGCAGUUCCUGUUUGAAAUAUUAUAGUUUUUUUCUAAUGUGGUAUUAAAAGACAUUACACAAUUUGUCUUGUUUUCUGUUGUCUUGUAUUAAAUUGAAUCACGUUAUGUAGUUACUGUUGUAUAGAUUUUGGGUAUAAAUGCCAUGUUGAGUUUUGGUUUCAUACAUGUAUAGUACUUUACAUGGAGAUAAAGUUUUGAAGAAUUAAUGGAAUGUUUCAGUCUAUCUGAAGCACUAUAUUGUAAAUUAUCUUUUGUUAUGUUUUGGUUUCAUACACUGUGCCUCACCAAUUUAUUUUACCUUAUUUUGAGACAUAAAGCCUCAUAAUCCCUCCCGCGAAAAAAGGAAAAGAUGACUAGGAUUUUAUAGGAUCUUCAAAAGCAACUGAAAAACAGAGAAUCCAAAAGAUAAGAAUAAUGAUUAUCAUAUCUCAUUUAAGUUUGCAUGUAUGUGCAGCUAAAUCUAGAAUUGUCUAAUGUUUGUUGACGUUUUUCUUGCACUUUUUAUUUUCCUUGAUAAAAAGAUGAAAUAUUUAUAUGCUGAUCAGUAUAAGUAGUGAUGUCAAAUUAUGUCAUAUCAAUUUGGAACAAUGUACAUUGAAUGAUAGGGGUGAAUACACAGGGCUUGUAUUAUACUCAAAGGUUAUUAAAACAAUUUUUUACUACAUUUCUUUUUUUUUUCAUGAGGAUUUUACUCAGUAUUUUGUCACUUUGCCACAAAGUAGCAUGAAACUUAGUUUAGCAAUGUGAGAGGUGAGUCUUUGAAGUAAUGCUCAUUGAUGUUACCUUACAAAGCAAUUUUAAGUUUGUCAGUAAAUAGAUAUUUUAUUUUUAAAGUAUUGUCUCUAUUUAUUGGUUUAUACUCUUAUUCAUUUCAUUAUAAAAAUGUGUGGAUUACUCAUUUGUGCAUGUUUCCAGUGACUAAAUUUAGUGACUACCGGUAUUCAGGAGACUCUUGACUGUUUUUGUGCGCUUCAUGACUUCAUCUUUAUUAUUUGUAUUAUUACAUUUAUAAGGGAAUGUUUCAACUUUGGCAGUCUUCUAAAAAUGCUAGCUGAACCUUUUUUUUUUUUAAAUGUCAACUCAAGGAUUUCAUUUCAUUCAUUCCAAGAUGGCUGCUGAUUGCUAUUUGAAAGGAGGGAGGAAGAUUCUUGAUUAAUCAAGCGCUGAUAGAAUCACAGAGCGAGCUAGAGGCUUUGAUAUUGGAAGGUCAUGUGCAAUAAGUUCCCACCAUUGAAAUCUCAUGCCUUUAUUACAUCUCAAGGUGAAAUUUGAAAGGGGUAUACCCGCAGCAAAGAGAUUCUUUUAUUUUGUUCAAAGUUUUUGUUGUAAGAUAUUACACUUCUCUCAAUAUUCUCUAAUAUUUUUUCUUUCUUUCAUGAUAUAAGAAUAAGAAGAGACUAAGCCAAGAAGAGUUAAUGAUCAUUGAAAAUGUGCUUGAUAUAAGGUUGGUUUUAAGCAAGAAAGGUCUAGUUUCUUGGCCUUCGUGUUGCCCUUUUUUCACACUCAAGGCAAACGGUAGAAGUAGAAGUAUUGUAAAUGUCUUCUAUGGUUUCUAAGGAAUUUAAAGAAAAUCAUCAUUAUGGGUUUAGUUUUAUUUUAUUUUAUUUACUUCCCUGUUAGUCUUUACUAUAAGAUUUCAUUACUCAAAAUAUUUCUUCUGUGAUGUAUGAACUGUUAGUCAUAGAAUCCUAAAGAAUAAUAAAUAAACGAUUCACACUUUGUUUCCUAGAAAUAAAAUAGGAAAAUAGGAUAUGAGGGUACUUUGGAGUAAUAGGAGGAUAGUUCCCUAGCUCUCAAUAAUCUUGUUUUCACCCUUAAGGCGAUACAAUGUGUUGUUAAUGUCUAAAAUGUCUAAAAGGGGAAAUGGACAGUUUUUUGUUUGGUUGUAGUUUUAUUUCAUUUUCCUUCUACGUUUUCUCUUCCGAUCUGUCAAUCUGUACUGUUGACAUUACCUUUAGCAACAUUUGUGAACUCUGACGUUAGUUACUAUAAAUAUACGUCC